AUGUCAAAGAGCUCAUUUGAUGAGUUACAAGGACGUCUAAAAGACGCUCUGCAGCAUCAAAGCAUCGUAAGGGACUGCACCGAGCCUGUUGAAAUGUUGGCAGUUACUAUUAGGUACUUAGCUAGCGGGUGUACUUUCACAGACAUACAUCUCAACUACAGACUUGGCAUUUCAAGAGUAAGCAAGAUAGUAAAUGAAGUAUGUUUUAGCAUUUGGCGUGUUAUGCUACCACUACUGCAUGCAUACACCUAG